AUGAUGAGAAAAAAAGAGAAAUGUCAAGAUUCUGAAGAUAAGGAUAAGAUCAGUGGGUUGCCUGAUGAAUUACUCUUGAAGAUACUACUGCUUCUCCCAACUAAAACUGCAGUUAGGACGAGUAUUUUAUCCAAGCGAUGGGAGUUUCUUUGGAUGUGGUUGCCUAAGCUUGAGUACGAUUGCUCCGAUUAUUCUGCUGCUGAGCAAGAGAGAUUAAAGCGUUUUAUAAAUCUGAAUUUGCCAUUUCAUAAAGCUCCAGUCAUAGAAAGCUUGCAUCUCAAGUUCAAUGGACCAGUUCAAACAUUUGAGCCUCAAGCUAUCGAACUAUGGGUUGCAUUUGCAGUUUCUCACUGUAUCCGUGAGUUAAGUCUUGCCUUCAGAUCCGAUUAUUCUGCUGCUGAGCAAGAGAGAUUAAAGCGUUUUAUAAAUCUGAAUUUGCCAUUUCAUAAAGCUCCAGUCAUAGAAAGCUUGCAUCUCAAGUUCAAUGGACCAGUUCAAACAUUUGAGCCUCAAGCUAUCGAACUAUGGGUUGCAUUUGCAGUUUCUCACUGUAUCCGUGAGUUAAGUCUUGCCUUCAGAGUAAUUCGUGACUUCUUUAUUUUUAUGAGGCAGCCUGUUAGAUUGCCUAGUAGUUUGUAUAUCUGCAAAUCGCUAGUGAUCUUGAACCUGAAUGACGAUGUUCUCAUCGAUGUUCCUCGCAUGGCAUGUCUCCCCUUCUUGAAAACUUUGCUCCUUCGACGUGUGACUUACUCAGAUGAGAAUUCUCUUCAGAAACUCCUUUCCAGUUGCCCUGUUCUUGAAGAUCUAGUGUUGGAACGAAGUGAGUUUGACCAUUUUGGAACAUGGAAGGUAAAUGUCCCGUCCUUACAGAGACUAACUGUUGAGAUAUUAAGAACUAAUGAUUUUCGUGAGCUUGUGGUAAAAACUCCUUCUUUGAAGUAUUUCAAAGUUACUGAGGAUUAUACUGAGAAUGGUAGUUACUCCUUCUCUUCUAACACUAUGCCCAAGCUGGAGGAAGUGGAAAUUGAUUCCGUGUACCUUGGUUUUGACAAGUUUGUUACAUCAAUCACAUUUGUUAAGCGGCUUUCAAUAUGCGUAGGAGCCAAUCCCCUUGAGGCUUUAUACCGUGAGGGUAUUGACUUCAAUCAUCUUAAACAUCUUAAGUUGUGUCAAUGUGAUUAUGAUUGGUCAAAGUUACUUGCUCAAUUACUCAAAGAUUCUCCAAAUUUACAAGAGCUGGAGGUCUAUCUGCAUGAUGGUCAUGAAGAGGGUUAUUUCCAUCCAAUGCUUCCCUGGGAGGAUGGACUAAAUUGUGUUCCUAAAUGUUUGUUAUCGAGUCUUGAAACUUUCAAGUGGACAAGGUUGUUUGGGACGGAGAAAGAGAGACAUCUGCUGAAAUAUAUCUUGAGAAAUGCUUGUUGCUUGAAGACUGGGACAAUCUUGUUUAUGGACGCUCCAGAGAGACAAGUUCCAGUUGAGAUGAUGAUCCAGGAUUUGUUACUCUCUCCUAGAGGUUCAACAACAUGCCAACUCGUACUUAAUUGUGAAUUUUGAUCAGUGGCUGUUUUACUUUCUAUGAACUUUGAUGAACUUUGAUGAUCGUGAUAGUUUUUAGUUUCUUCCCUCCCAAUUGUUUACGGGAAUUUAGAAAG